ACUCAUCCUCUUUUUUAUACAAUCUUGAGUAAAUGUUUCUUAGAGUGUGCAUAUAUUUUAUAUGCAUAAUUUAUAACGUGACAAUAGUUGUGCUAAGGUUGUUUCGUUCAGAUUUUUUUGCAACAUGUAAAUUUACAUAUUUUCACAUAUCUACUAAAUACACAUACUUAUGUAACUUUUAGUGCAAAACUCAGACCAGUACACAAAAAACAGCGACUUUGAAAAUUUAGCAUAAAAACGCUCCCUUUCCCGUUGCAGAAUAGAUGAGUUAAAGACCCUCCAAUCUAAAGCUUGAUUCCGGAGUGGGGCAUUUUGUACUUUAAAAAUUGCAAAAAGAAUUCGCACUUUUUGCAUACAGGCCCGACUUUUGCACUAAAACCUACCUAUUUGUAGUUAGUAUAUUUGUGGAAUUAUGUAUUGCAAAAAAAUCUGUUACGAACAAACCUGGUACACCCAUUGUGACAACGAAUAGAGUUCAGUGUUUCACUCCUUCAGGAUGACAAGGGAUGAAUUGUGCCAAAAAUAAUUACUAAAAAUCUGCAAUAAUGGUGUCGCGACAAAUAAUAUUAUUUUCCGUUGUCACCAUAUUGUUAUAUUUUUUGGCCGGCGUGAUAUUUCUGGUGCCCGUGAUAUCUCUAAAUUUCCAUCAAUUGGCAGAAAUAAAUUACACGUGUGACUGGAAUGCAAAGGUGGAAGAAGAAAUAAAAGCAAGUCCCGAUGUUGGCACAGCUAUAAAAAUUUGGGCGAAUAAAACGGGAUAUUUUGACUCAAAGAAAUUUUCAAAAAAUCAGACUUUGGACUACAACGAAUUGAUGAAUUAUUGGGAUUCUUUACCAAAAAUUGAGAUUGAUGGUGUUCCCGAGUUAAUCUUUAGUUUAAAAGUGGACUGUUUUAGUAACGACUCAGUCGUACAAUUUGUCUCGGAAACGAUUCUAAAGUUUCCGACGAUGCGGAGAAUGUAUAUCGACAUAUUAUUAACUAAUGGAUAUAGCUUCUGGCGGUUGAAAUUGCAAAAUUUCUGCUUCAACUUGACCCAUUCGAUUUACCUGCUUUGUUCACUGGCGGGGUUCGUCUGCCUGUGUGUCACGUGUGGUGGGAUCGAUACUGAAUUAUUUUGCCUCUUAAAUUUCGUUGGAUUGGAGAUGCUGCUAAUUUCGGGGGAAAUUAUUCAAGAAAUAAUUUAUCAGGAUGUUUUCCCUGAAGCGAUGUAUUUUGAUAGGAAUUAUUUACAAUAUUGUCCUACUUUAGAUUCGUUUUACAAAUUUGUCCCAACAUCGCAAGCCUUACUCUUAUCAGUUUUUAUUUUUAAGAGGAAACGUAUCGCGGAGAGUUCGAAAUUGCAAGUAUUUUUGUACUCUACUAUUUGCAUUAUUUUGCCGGCAGGGUAUUUCAGCUUGAUCUAUUUUUUACCAACAGAUUUGAGGAGUUACCAGUGUCAAGCAGGUCUCGAAGGGUAUUCCCUCGUUCGGGAAGCAUGGGUGUCUCUCGUUCAUAAAAAUGGAGCUUUACUCGUGUCAUUCGGGGUUACUUUAGUGUCAAGCUGUUUCGGCUCCAAAAUUUUUCUUGAAAAAGGUAAAGGGUUCGGAAAAAGUUUCUCCCCACUUACUCCUGCUGAAAAGGGAAAGCGCAUUUCUCGAAACCGUGAGAUGCAGUGACCUAGAUUUUUUUCUCAAACAUACCUUAGUAUGUGGUCUUUCCAUCACCCACGUCAACCAUGUCUACAACUUUUUGCUCAAAGAUAAGUUAUCAUUUUUCCAAAGUUGUUUUUGAUAUGAAAUUGCCCUUCUCUUGAACUUUCAUUGUUAGUUUCGCAGUUGUUCGUGAUUAUGGAUACUUGAACAUAUCCUACUUAAGUAUAUGCCAUUUGUUCUCCAAGACACCCAUAUCCGGAUUUUUAUCCAACUACACCCUCUUGCUCCAAACCGUUUUAUCCUGCCCUUAACUUAGCUCAAUGAUCGUUUUUGUUGUGUGAGUUGCAGCAACAUCCUGCUUGAAAACGACUGACUAACAGUUGGAAAAAAUUCCUUGUUUCCCAUGCUAUCAAAGUGUUUAGGUAGCUUUUUCCUCAUAAAAUUCUUUGCAUUGAUAUGUGCCAUAUUUGUGUAAUAUCCAGGGUUCUCACGCCACGCUCAAAGAAACACCCGCUACCAUAACUUUCGAUCUAAAUUUUGAGACAAGCGUGGAUGAUACAUCCGGUUUUUUCACGGUUUUAUGUCUCAUAUCUUGUUGGUUCAAUUUUGGAUAUAGCUGUACUGGUGAUUCAUUACUCCAUAGAAUAGGACAACCAAGUUCAUCAUCCUGUCUUUUUUUACCAAAAUCUCCACUUUCUUGAAACAUUUCUCCAAAUUAUAGAUGGUUAUCAAUGUUCCUAUGAGAUGUUAAUGUUUUGUGAGUUAGUUUAUAAGCUAUGUGACUCCAAUUCGUCGAUUUUGAAAAUUUCGGCUUCGUAGUGUGGUAAAUUCACGCGUUCAUAAUUUUUAAGCGUUUUGAGUCACUUAUGUAACUCUUUAGAACAAACAAGUACUGAACUUCCGUUUUCUGAUGAAUCUUGAGCACAAUUGUUAUUUUCCUAGUAGGUGACAUCUUCCUACGUAGAUUGGACCGUUUUUUGUAUAUGACAAAAUUUCUGCUGGUCCGUAGCCUAACAGUUUUCCAACCACAUCAUAAUUCCUCCGAAUUUUCCUAAAUUUUUAAUUGUUGCGUAACUAAGGUUUUUACCUGAUAUCUCGGACGAUCACGAUCGACCUUUCUUAUUGGAGUACUCACGUUAAAAUUUUCAAAACAGAAUAUUUACAGGUUCAGAAAUUAUAGCUGAUUAUUGCACCGCGCGGGUCAUGAAAAUUGACUGGGGAGAAACUUUUUCCGAACCCUUUAAGUGCAUUCUGAAUUCUAAAUUAAGUAAACGAUACCAAAUCCAGAGCUAACGAGUAAAGUUUAUUUUGCAUAGUUUGCUUAAUUCAUAGAUCAUUUUUGUAUUUAAAAAAAUGCAAACAUGAUUUUUGCGAGUGUAUAUUUUUUUCCUGAAUUUUCAAAA